AUGUCCCGGCCAAGGCAACUCGUAUGGCUACCUGUCCCUCUCUCACCGAUUUGUCUGAAAACGAAUAUGAACAUGCUGCUCGGGAUCGUCAUCUUGGCUUUGAGAUUUACGGCCACGAUCUGUCAACAAGCACAAUAUACUGUCAUCACCACCAACUACGGAAAAGUUCGUGGAUUAAAGACGCCUUUGCCCAGUGAGAUCCUUGGCCCUGUGGAGCAGUACUUGGGCAUUCCGUAUGCGAUGCCGCCCACGGGAGAGAGGAGGUUUCAGGCCCCGGAGCCGCCUGUCUCGUGGCCCGGAAUCAGGAACGCCACGCAGUUCGCGCCAGUAUGCCCACAGUAUUUGGAAGACCGGGUUUUGCUCAGUGACAUGCUGCCUGCUUGGUUUAUGGCCAACCUAGACACCGUAGCAUCAUAUGUCCAGGAACAAAGUGAGGACUGUCUGUACCUGAAUAUUUACGUCCCUACCGAGGAAGACAUUCAUGAUGAGAAUGGGCUGAAGCCAGUGAUGGUCUACAUUCACGGUGGAUCUUACGUCGAGGGCACUGGUAACAUGAUUGACGGCAGCGUCUUGGCAAGCUAUGGCAACGUCAUUGUGGUCACCAUCAACUACAGACUGGGAGUCUUAGGCUUUCUAAGUACAGGCGAUCAAGCUGCAAAAGGUAAUUAUGGACUCUUGGACCAAAUUCAGGCUCUGAGGUGGAUUAAGGAAAACAUUCAGUCUUUCAACGGAGAUCCGAAAAGGGUGACGAUAUUUGGGUCUGGUGCUGGAGCGUCAUGUGUCAGUUUACUGACUCUGUCCCACUACUCAGAAGAUCUAUUUCAGAAGGCUAUUAUUCAGAGUGGAACUGCUCUGUCCAGCUGGGCAGUCAACUACCAGCCUGCCAAGUACACUCGAAUGCUGGCUGAGAAGGUUGGCUGCAGCCUGGGGGAUACUGUAGAGCUGAUCGAAUGCCUGCAAGACAAGAACUAUAAGGAACUCAUUGAGCAGACCAUCACUCCAGCCAAGUAUCACAUAGCCUUUGGACCCGUGAUUGAUGGUGAUGUCAUCCCAGACGACCCCCAGAUCUUGAUGGAGCAGGGAGAGUUCCUCAACUAUGACAUCAUGCUAGGGGUCAAUCAAGGGGAAGGGUAUAAAUUUGUGGACGGCAUUGUGGACAGCGAAGACGGAGUCUCUGGUAGUGAUUUUGAGUUUGCUGUAUCGGAUUUUGUCGAUCACUUGUACGGCUACCCGGAAGGGAAGGAUACGCUAAGGGAAACUAUUAAGUUUAUGUACACAGACUGGGCUGAUAAGGAGAACCCGGAGACACGCAGGAAAACUUUAGUCGCGCUUUUCACGGAUCACCAGUGGGUGGCACCAGCAGUGGCUACAGCAGACCUCCAUGCUCAAUACGGUUCCCCCACAUACUUUUAUGCAUUUUACCAUCACUGCCAGAGUGAGAUGAAGCCAGCAUGGGCUGACUCAGCCCAUGGAGACGAGCUUCCGUAUGUGUUUGGAAUACCAAUGAUUGGGCCCACUGAUCUCUUCAGCUGCAACUUCUCAAAGAAUGACAUCAUGCUCAGUGCUGUGGUGAUGACAUACUGGACAAACUUUGCCAAGACUGGGGAUCCAAACCAGCCAGUUCCCCAGGACACAAAAUUCAUUCACACCAAACCAAAUCGAUUUGAGGAGGUGGCCUGGUCCAAAUACAACCCCAAAGAUCAGCUGUAUCUCCACAUCGGUCUGAAACCUCGUGUCAGGGAUCACUACAGAGCUACCAAGGUCGCCUUCUGGUUGGAGCUUGUGCCACAUUUACAUAAUAUAAAUGAACUUUUUCAGUACGUGUCAUCGACCACCAAGAUCCCACCUCAGGAUACAACUCCUUUUUCUUACACCAAACGUUUAUCUGAAAAGCUCUGGCCAUCCUCCACCCGUCAUCCUGCCGUUCCCCCAGCCAACACCAAACAAGCAACAGACCAGCAGAAGACUGGGGAGCAUCCAGACAACUCUGUUGUCAUAGAAACCAAACAGGACUAUUCAACCGAGCUGAGCGUCACUAUAGCCGUUGGGGCUUCUCUACUCUUUCUGAACAUCCUAGCCUUUGCAGCUCUAUACUACAAGAGGGACAAACACCGUCUGGAGUCAAGUCGCCGACUGAGCCCGCCACGGAACCUCGCUAAUGAUAUCUCCCACAUCCAGAACGAAGAACUGAUGAAGCAGUUGGAGCAGGACCACGACCAUGACUGCGAAUCCCUGCAAGGGCACGACACCUUUCGGCUCACCUGCCCACCCGACUACGCGCUCACGCUACGUCGCUCGCCCGAUGACAUCCCGCUAAUGACACCCAACGCCAUUACCAUGAUACCCAACGCCCUGGCGGGAAUGCAGUCUUUACACCACCCUUUCAACACCUUCAACAGCAGCUCUCAGUGUCACACUAGCCUUCCCCAUGGACACUCCACAACCAGAGUAUAA